AUGUCGACAACAGAGAAUGCCGGCCAGCCCGACAUAGACUCACAACAGCUCACCUUCGAAAUCAACGGUCUCUACAUCCUCCUAUCUGACCGCGGCGAUAAGAGCUACACAUUCCACUGGCGCCUCUAUCUACACCAGAGUGCCAAAUCGGGCUCCAUUUACCAUCUACUAAACGACAUCGAUCCAACCAUCUGGCGCUUUGAACAUCUACCCGACCAGACCGUCAUCUAUAAUCAAGCACUCCUUGGAGCCCUCAAGAUAGGAGUGUUAGAUCCUACGCUUCAUGCACAUUUUCUCGAACGUCUUCAUCAAAUCCCAAUCGUGGAUUCAGUCCGAUUCCGUGAGAGAAUCACUUGCCGGGUAUGGCUCAAGGAAGCUCUUUUUGCGCUCGAUGAUGAAGGAUAUAUCAUGCUCACUCGUAGUGUGGAUGAAAUCGAAGCUGAGGCAAGGAACCUCGCACUUCAGAAUAAGACUUUAGGGAGGCGGACGGUUGUGAGGAGUUGUGGGAGUCAGGGUUGA